GCUGAUACUUUGCGGUUAGGCGUCAGGUGAAACUCGCUGUGGGAGGAAAAAGGGAGCAAACACAAACUGACUUAACUUUCUGGAAAGUGUUUGCACUUCUUAUGAACUUAUCCAGACAACUUUUAACACGAGGAGCAUACGAGUUUCAAGAUGAAGAGCCUCAAGUAUCGAUUGAAAAAGCACGAAGUUACCAUCACAAACACAGACUGGAACAAGUAUGACGACCGGCUGAUGAAGGCGGUGGAGCGUGGCGAGGUGGACAAGGUGGCUGCUGUGCUCGGCAAGAAGGGCAUCAUCCCCACUAAGCUCGACGUGGAAGGACGCUCGGCGUUUCAUUUGGCUGCAACGCGGGGACGCGUCGACUGUCUCAGUCUCCUCCUGGGACACAAUGCUGAUGUCACCGCAAGCGACGCCACUGGAAAAAGUGCUCUUCAUCUGGCUUCAAGACAUGGACAUUCUCUGUGUGUUCAGAAACUCCUACAGCACAACUGUCCAGUUGGAAACAUGGACCUACAAGGAAGAACCGCUCUACAUGAUGCAGUAAUGGCGGGCUGCGCCUCCAGCGUAAAACUUCUCUGUGACAGCGGAGCCUCUGUGAAUGCCAGUGACUUUGACGGCAGGACACCUCUGGUGCUAGCAACGCAGAUGUGUCACCCAAACAUCUGUCAGCUUCUGCUGGAGCGAGGGGCCGAUAUAACCGUCCGAGACAAACAAAACAAGACAGCUGUGAUCCUGGGCUGCGAGUACGGCUGUAAGGACGCGGUGGACGUGUUGCUGAAGAAUGGCGCUGAUGUGAAGGCAGUGGACAGCUCGGGUCACGACGCGUAUUACUACGCUCGCCUCAGCAAGAAUCAGGGGCUCGUUGCGAUGGUCAAAAGCUACAUCGACAAAGCCACAAGAGAAAAAGAGGCUGCGAAGAUUGAACAGUGGAAGCGACAGCAUUCAAUGGAGAGAUCAGAGGCAGCUGAAGUAAACAGAAGAGAUCAGAUCAUACAUGAUCUGGAAAGGCAGAACGAGACGCUUCAGGAAGGUCUCAGGAAAUACCACCAGGAGCAGAGAGCCCUAGUAGAUAAGGUCAACAUGCUGCAGCAGCAGCUCUCACAGGAGAAGAUGGCCAAGGAAGACACUCAGAAAGAGAAGGAGCAGCUGAAGGUGUUGCUCAGUGCCAAAGAAAAAGAGGAAGGAGCCCGAGGCCCCGAGACUGUCAAGGUUCAGCUCAGGAGUACUAUGGGCGAGUACUCUGGGCAGUCUGUUAUCAAAGGUAAAGAAAAUGUUUUGGUAAAACAAGCUCACAGCCUGGAUUCUGAACAGAUGCUGCAGAAUCCUGCCAUGUCCCGCUCACUGUCCAAACCACUAGAGACGAGUCAGCCCUCAGUCGCCUGGGACGUCUCCGGUGAAGUGGAUGCACUUCGACGUGAGCUCGAGGCAGUGAAGAGAAGACAGCAGGCGGCGGAGGAGGAGACGACGCGGCUUCAAACUGCCCUGAACCGCAAAAAUCGAGAGUGCCAAGACCUGGUUCAGAGCCGAGACGCCAUCCAGAAACAGGCCGACCAGCAGAUUCAGGAACUCGAAGACGCCUUGGGCGACGUCCAGAAGAGGAUGCUGGAUUCUGAGUGUAAGGUCAAACAGCUGCAAGCGCAUGUCGUUGCUGUCAAGGAACACUUGGGAGGCCAGGCGGCAGAAGAUCUGCGUGCCCAGCUCCUGGAUGUCAAGGCCAAGUAUGAAGGCGCUUCAGCUGAAGUGGGUCGUGUUCGUAACCACCUCAAACUGAGCGAGAAAGCCUUGGAGGAGUAUAAGAGCAGCGAGAGUCAGCUAGCGACGGAGACCGAACGGCUGAGCCAAGAGCUGGGACUUCGCACUGCAGAACGAGACGAACUCGCAGAAACGCUUGUUGAAAUGGAAACCCAGCUGAAAGAGGCCCAGACGAAACAUGGCAACACGGUGCCGGCUGAGAAGUUUGACAACAUGAAAAACCUGCUGUCCAACGCCGUCGAUGAGAAGGAACGGCAGCUCGCGGAGCUGAGGGAAGACUACGACCGCGUCCUGGAGGAGGUGGCCGAGCUCCAUCGGAGGCUGGAUAGUCCGUCGUCCCAGGGAGGAUCUGCUGAGGAGCAGCAGAGGAUUCGGGAAGUCGAAGAACAGAACGCUUCACUGAAGAGGAGGCUGGUGGAUGUGACGGCCAAAAGCCAGGCUCUGAUUCGUGAGGUCGAGGAGACUGAGGAGGAAAGAGAUAUACUACGAGACCAGCUGAAUGAGCUCAGCAGCAGGAUCGAGAGCGACUUCAUGCUCAUAAAGGACCACGAGGAAUUACGGAGGGACAUGGCGGCCGCUCUGGAGGAGCUCGAGGACAAACUGGUGGAAGCCAGUGAACAUCACGGAAAAGCAGAGGCUCAAGUCCAGCAGCUUCAAACCGAGAGAGCCGCGCUGCAGGAGAAUAUCGGCAGCCUCCACAGCGCCAGGGAAAGCCAGCAGAGCGAAGUGGACGCUCUGAGGGCUCAGAACGAGGACCUGAUGAAGCAAGUUGAAGUUUUACAGAAGAAAUGUGAAGACAUAGAUGAGGAGUGUGUACAGCUGACGGCACAGAGCCAGACUCUGAAGCAGAGCUUGGAGGGACAGUAUGUUCCCAGACAGCAGCAUGAGCAAGUGAGGAUGGAGUUGAGUUCCACCUUAGAAAGUGUUAAAGCCGAGAUGUCGAAGUUGGAGACCAGGGAAAAGGAAAGUGGGGAAGAAUUGAAGAAAGUGAAAGAAGGAAACGAGAAGUUGAAAGAGAAAAUGGAACAAGUUCUGUUGGAGAUGAGAAACGAGUACAUAAGUGUGAAAGAUCACAGAGCGAUCACAGACAAGUUGAACGCUGCAGUGGUCGAGGCAGAGAAUAGAGCAAACGAAGCGUCAGCAAUGCAUGUGCUGGCUCAGGAGGAAGCUGUAAAACUUACCCAGGAGCUGGAGGCCCAGAAGAAAGAACUUGACACCAUACAGGAGGCUAUUCAGUCUAAGUUUGUCCCGCUGACAGCGGCCGAGGAGAAAGAAACUUCCUACAGUGUCCAGGUGAAAGAACUGACCCUGAAACUAUCAGAAAUGGAAGAAAAGUAUAACGAAGAAAGGUCUGCUAGAGAGAGCCAGAGACAGGAGGAAGAGAAACUAAAAGUUGAGAUGGAGUCUGUUCAGCAGAGACUCGACACUGCCAUGGUUACCAGCGAGAAGCACAAAGACGAGGAGGAAGAGUUCAAGGCUAAAUACGAGGAACUGGCCCAGGCCUUGGUCAGUUUAGAGCAGCAGUACAAAGAGGUAACGCUUCAGAAAGAUGAACUUCAAGAACAGAAUGUCCUCUGCAACUCUCAAAUCCAGCACCUCCAGGAGCGUCUGAAAUCGGAGUUGACCCGGAUAGCGACGUACGACGCAGAGCUGAAGGCCCUCCAUGAUGCCACGCAGCAAGCCCAGACUGAUUGCAAGAAAGCCAGGGAGGCUCAGCAGGAGGAAGCCAAGAGGGUCGGUGCCUUACAGAAAGAACUUCAGGAGCUCCGCGGGGAUCGGUCUUCUCUGCUGCAGCAACACGUCGUAGCCAAGGAGGCCCUGGAGGCUGAAGUCACUAAGCUUCAAAUGGCUCUCCGCGAAGAGGAGGAGAACAAUGCCCAGAGGGCUGAAGAUGUGUGCGCUCUGCAGUCUGAGCUCCUUCAAGCCACUCAGGCUCUGGAGGAGAUCCGCUCCAAGGAAGACCAAAUGAACCAGCUGAAGAAGGAGAAGCAGCAGCUGGAGGAGGAGGCCGCCAACCUGAGCAACAAGCUACUGAGCUUAGCGGAGGAGUGCGAGGAGGCCCAUCAGGAGGCAGCGCAGGCGAAGGAGGGCGAGAGCCGGGCCAGGGCCGAGAUGGAAGCCGUCCAGGACAAGGGACGGGCCAUAGAAGGAGAAAUCAGAGAGCUGAAAGAGAGGUACGACGAGUCCCUCAGCACCAUCGGUGACCUCCAGAGGAGGAUUCAGACGUCGGCUCAGCAGACUGAGGCCAAAGACAAGAAGAUCACAGAGUUGCUGACGGACGUUGAGCGAUUGAAGCAGGCCCUGAAUGGUCUGUCCCAGCUGGCGUACACAAGCAACGCCCCCAAUAAGAGGCAGACGCAGCACAUCGACACACUCCAAGCUCAGAUCAAGAGUCUACAGCAACAGCUGGCUGAUGCUGAGAGGCAACACAGAGAGGUGGUUUCAAUUUAUCGGACUCAUCUCCUCAGUGCAGCACAGGGCCACAUGGAUGAGGACGUUCAAGCCGCCUUACCAGAUCAUCCGGAUGAGGCAGGAGUUUGUGUGUUAAAGCCUUUUCGAACGCGACGCUACCUGCUGACUCUUGAUUCACCGUUUCUCACGCCCCCCUGCUGCAGAGUGCGCUCCUGCCGAGGCCCCCGCGGGCGCGUUCGUCAAAGCGUCGACGCAGCAGCGUUCAGGCCUACGUGAAUAUAACCAGUGAAAAACGACUAAUCCGCUAACAGUUUUUUAUGAAUCGGGAGACGCGUGUGUGCUGUGAAGCUUUUAAACCCGUUUGUAUUCAGCGAUGUGGGAGUUAUUUGAAACGUGGGAUUACACACCUGACAUGAACAUAAAGACCACUUUUCACAUUCCCACCGUUGACAGUCGGCGUUCAUGCAUGAAUGUUUUCACAUUUAACAGCAAUGUUUGUUUCAGAGGACGAGUUCACGGUGCUUAAACUCAGGUGUACAUUAAAGCAGUUAUCGGACGCUAUAAUUCUUCCUUCUGCUCAUGCGUCGUCGUCAGUGUGACAAAAAAACACAGUACACAUUGUCGUCUCUUAAUUUUAAAAUAAUCUGAAAGUAACUAAUGUGAAUUGAUGAAUAUUAUAAAUGCUCAUGUAUUAAAGAUAGGGCCCAGUUUGUAGCUGGAUGAUGAGGCAAAGGUUUCUCCAAAAAAAAGCUAAACUUUUAUUUUUUUUUAUUAUCAGACGGGCAGUGAAUCUAAAACCUGUCAACGUGAGCUUAAAGUAGUCAGAGAAGACGUGAUAAUCCUACACUAUCUCUGUCACACAAUCAAUAAGAGUUAAAACACUUUUCUGAUGAGCUUCAUCAUGAAUAACAAUCAUUUAUUUUUAUUUGACGGUAAAAGUUUUCUUCUAUUGUUUUCUUGUCGAACUUCAGGAAAGACAGUGAAUUUUACCCAAACACACAGCUCGUACAGUGGAAGAUCUUUAGAUAGAGAUCUCUUCACAUCCAGCAUGAACAGAAGCAAAGAUUACAGCGACCGGUAACUCGACAGCCAGUACACGUGUGUUCUUCGUAGUUUAAAAAAGAAGAAGUGAACUUGUCCUUCAACCUCGUUCAUGUCAGGUGUGACCCUUCAGCUGCUUCCUUUGAAAGUCAUCUUCUGGAGGUCCAAACUAGUCAGAAACCAAAGAUCCAAAUCUGAAAACUACCCACCGUGUUUCUAGGUGGCAAAAAAAAGUUUGGGGGUUGAUUCGGGAGAGUUAUGUGUGUGUCUCACGCCGUCUGGUUUCCUUAAUGUUCUUGAUCAUCCUGGAUUUGAGUGGUGGGGGUUUGUGGAGUGGAUCUCUCUUGCUGUGUCCCACAGUGUGCAGUGGCACAUCCUCUUUUUUUGUUGAUACCAGAGUGUCCUCUAGUGGUGAGACUUGGCAGGCCAAGUUGAUAGAAAUUGUAAUAAUGUUUGUGGCCCAGGGGUAGGCAUUUCUUGUUUUCGGAAGCUGCAAUAGCCUGCGCACUUGCACUCAGACGCUCACAGAGAAUAUGAAACGUAAAACCGAUUCGUCUGAGCUGUAUCCUCUAAUGUGCGUCGCUUUGCGUUGCUACAUCCAAACCAAACCCGCUUUUAAGAUGCGAACCUAAUCGAGUGCGGCGGUGACGUUUGCAGCUUUCUCAGAGCAAGGGCUGCGUACCCCUGAGCCGGCUGUUUGUGACCCCUGACGGUGUAGUGUAGUGGUGUUGUGAUUGUUGAGCGAGUCUCUCGUGCCUUUACACUGAUAUAUUUUUCAUAGCUUUGUACUACUUUAAUUACUGUACUACAGUGUGACUUAUAUUCAGCAGGUCUGGAAGUAGAACGGCACAAAACGUUUUCAGGGUAACGUGUAGUUUACUGUAGGAUGCCAUUAGAGUAAGAAUGGAAACGGAUCUCUUUAUUUAUGAGGACAAACCAGCCCUGCUUGUAGCGCAACUAUCGUUACUGUCUCUCAACUAACACACUAAAAAAAUAAAACUUUCACUUUCUGUUUUUAUACUUUGGCCAAAAACUCUAUUUACACCAACAGACAGAUUUGUCACGUAUUAUAACACUAAUUAUUUUGGGGAGAUAUUUCUCUUUACCGUGUAUUAAAAGACUAUAAACUGAAAUAAAUCGGUUAAAUCUCUACUGUUAAAAACUGGUCUGUUUGAACUGGAUGUUUUCUUUGACAACAAUAUUGGUGUUUGUUAAUCAGUCAUACAAAAUCAAUAAAAGUGCCUAACAUAGAAAACUA